AUGGUUCAGGCAGUCCCUCUCGAGAACGAGAACGGCGGCACAGCAAUGGCAAGCGGCACAUCAAUGGACGCCCAACACCACGAGGUCACGCCCAACCUCUCCACCCUCCCACCCCCCGACUUCAACUGGCAGAUUUCCCUCCAAGACAAGGUCAUCGCCAUCACCGGCGCGAACCGGGGCAUUGGCCUGGGCAUCGCCGAGGUAUGCCUCGCCAACCAAGCCCGGGCCGUCUACUCUCUCGACCUCAUGGACCCCUCGGAAGACUUUGAGGCUCUCUCCAAGCGGAACCCGGGCCGCUUCAAGUACAAGCAGAUGGACGUGACCGAGGAAGCGAGCGUGCAAGCCGCCGUCGACGCCAUCGUGGCCGCGGAAGGCGCGCUGCACGGCAUGGUCUGCAACGCGGGCAUGACGAAGCACCAGCCGGCGCUGGACUUCUCCCUCGAGCAGGUGCGCCAGCUGUUCGAGCUCAACGUCUUCGGCGUGUGGAACUGCGCGACGGCCGCCGCGCGCACCUUCAUCGCCCGCGGCAUCAAGGGCUCCAUCGUCUGCACCGCCUCCAUGACCUCCUACCGCCCCAACCGCGCCGCCCCUUCCGCGCCCUACGGCGGCACCAAGGCCGCCGUGCGCAACAUGACGCACACGCUCGCCAUGGAGUGGGCCAAGCACGGCAUCCGCAUCAACAGCAUCAGCCCCGGCUUCGUCAGGACCGCCAUGACGUACUACGUGGAGCGCGCGCCCGACUGGGAUCUCAAGAUGCAGUACUAUGGCGGCAUGCCGCGAUUGGCCCUGCCGCAGGAGCUGGGCGGCGCCUAUGUCUACCUCUUGUCCGACCAGGCGAGCUAUACCACCGGAAUCGACAUUCCCAUUGCCGGUAAGUCGUCGGGAGAAGAGUCUCCACAGUCUUGUUGUUGUUCUUGCGCCCUUGAUCCUGAUCCUGAUCCCCCCUAGGCAUCGUCGGAGCUUGGUGAUCUCGAGAGGGAGGAGUGCGAGCGCGAGGGACGUGGAUUCGCGAGGAAAGCAUUUGCAGGCGCUCCGGGUCGGGGAGCAUUCAUUCAUGGUUAUUAUGUGUCUAGACAUGCUGCUACGAGAGAUGAUGACACCACGAGAAUAUCAGAAUUACAUCUUCCCACGCCUCAAGACCAGUGACCAGCUUCUUCUUCUUCUUCUCCUCCUUCUUCUCCACACUCCCCAUCAGAACCCACGGGGCCCGUAACCGCAUCCGUCUGCUCCUAGCUUACCUGUCACCCGGUACAUACUAGUAUGCAUGAAGUAUUCUUCCAACCCCGUACGAGACGACCUCGUCUCGGUCGACCAUGCACGUCAUAUAUCAAACGCAAACGAACGACUGUGGAGAAAAAUGAACCCCAGCAAUAUCCAUUCCCACACGUCCAUAAUAAGGUGGGUAGCUCGUCCCGGGGGAACGGACGACACAUAUCUUGCACGUGAAAGCCGCGAGAUCUCCCUCCCUCCCUCCCACAUCUCCUCUCCUCUGUUUUGUCCUCCUCUGUUUGUCGUCGACCAACCCCCCCGCCACCUUAUCCCUUCCCGAAUCCCAAUCCCAAUCCCAAAUCCUCCAGAAUUAAAACAAACAAAACGAAGAAAAAACUCACAAUGUCCUCCCCCUCCUCCUCCCCCACAUCCCCCCCCAAGAAACCCCUCCACCUCCCCAAAAACAAAUCACCCUCUCCCGCAAAAUCAUCGCCAUAACCGGCGCAAACCGCGGCAUCGGCCUCGGAAUAGCCGACUGCUGCCUGUCCAACGCCGCCGAGGCCGUCUAUUCCAUCGACAUCUCCGCCUCACCCCCGGGAGAAGAAUUCGAAGCCCUAGCCAAAAAAUAUCCGGGGAGAUUACAUGCCAUCCGUGCCGAUGUCACGCGCGAGGCGGAAGUGACGGAGGCGGUGGAGAAAAUUCUGCGCGAGGCGGGCGGGUUGCAUGGUAUGGUGGUGAAUGCGGGGCGGACGCGGCAUAAGGCCGCGUUGGAGUUUACGGAGGAGGAGAUUGAGGGGUUGUGGAGGGUGAAUGUGAGUUUUUCUGGCAAGUUUUUCUUUUCUUUUGGUGGUUCUGGUGGUGGUGGUGGAAGGGGUAGGGGGUUUGCUUGCAACAAUACAGAAAUUCUCUGUUGUGUGGUGUUGAUGUUGGGGAAUUGACAGUUAUUUGGAUCGUUUUACUGCGCUCGCGUCGCGGCGAGAGCAUUCAUCAAGCAGGACGUCAAGGGCUCGAUUGUCUUUACGGCUUCCAUGGCAUCUUACAGACCGAAUAGUAAGCAAGCAACCGCCCAUAUCGUGCUGGAGCCGCCCUCUUACGAGAAGUUGACGUCGGUUGCAGAGAGAGUGCCGUCAGCACCCUAUGGGGCCUCGAAAGCUGGAGUCCGUAACAUGACACAUACCCUGGUAUGUUCCUGAGCCUCGCCGGAUGGGUACGCAUAGCUGAUCCCUCCCAGAGCAUGGAAUGGGCCAAGUACGGAAUCCGGGUAAAUUCCGUCAGCCCGGGCCUGGUCAAGACGGCCAUGACCUAUUGGGUCGAGCAGCAACCAGACUGGGAGCAGCAGCUCAAGUACUACGGCGGUAUCCCUCGCCUCGCAGAGGUUGAGGAGCUGGGCGGGGCCUAUGUGUACUUGCUCAGCGACGCCGCAAGCUAUACAACUUCGAUCGACAUUCCAGUGAAUGGGGUCAUUGGCAGUAAGUUGCGCUCAUCCAAGCCGGGUAAAUGUGAAUUGACGGCAAGCAGUUUGUUAAGCCAAUCGCAUGGGCAAAUCUUGGUAGAGUGA